AUGUCGGAUGCCGCCGAGAAGAUGAAGGAUGCGGAGGAGGAUGCAUCGAAGAAGGACAAAGAAAAGGCGAAGAAGAAAUUAAAAGACAAAAAAGGGAAAGAUGACAAAGUCAAGAAGAAGAAAAAGGAAAAGCAAAAGGACAAGAAGAAAAAGAAGAAGAAAAAGAAGUCAUCUUCCUCUUCGUCUUCUUCAUCUUCAAGCUCUCUGGACUCUUCGGCACUGCGGAAGAAGCGAAAACGAGAACUGAAGCAGAAGCAGGCGGAGGCCCAAAAGCGCAAAGCCCGGGAGUACCUGGUGAUGCGGGGUCUCAAGACCAAAGACGGGCAGUUCACCGAGCAGGUGACGAACUUCGAGUGCCCGCUGAAGCGGCACCCGCAGUGUAGCUCGCUUGUACGCGAUAAUGCGCAGAUGGUGAAAGAGCGCAUGCUGCUUUGCAUUGGGGCAUUUUGGUUUGAAGCUUUCUUCACCUUGCGCUGGCAGCUUGUGGCAGGUGGCGGCAUCCAGACUUUGAUCCUCGUGUUGCGCAAGGACAGACAAGUGCCGCCGCCAUUCACAGAUGUGCCCAGCGCCGGCGCCCAGCCGGAGAUGCGACGGUCCUGCCAUCGCUGUGACGCCGUUUUAUCCCCAGACGCCAACUUCUGCGGCCGCUGUGGCUUGGCGCGCAGCACAGGCCGGGGCUACCAGCACCCCGAGAAGCUGCUGCCGGGCCCCCCGCUGCGCCACGACCCCAUGGGGCCGGCGCGAGAAGACAGGCCGCAGCCGCAGCCACCGCAGCCGCAGCCCAUUCCGCUGCCUGUCCCGGAGCCACAGAGCUUCGCCAGUCAGAUGAUGUCGUGGUUUAGACCUGCACCGCCAGCACCGGAGGCGCUCGAGCCGGUGCCGGGGCCGCCCCUCGCCACAGUGGCUCCAAAGAAGGGGCCGCCUCCAAGCACGAUCGUCAGCAAUUGCAGACCUUCAAAUGCGGGUGGUAGCAAUCCAAAGCUGUGCGGGCCGCCAUCGACGCUUGGGCCUGUAUGUGGCUGA